GCGUCCCGCAGUCGGAGCCGCCGCUCUCGCCGCCGCCGCCGCUUCCCGCGCUCCCGACCCCUGCGGCCGGCCCGGGGCGCGCUCGGUCCGCUGCGGCGCCCGCGGCCAUGGCCACGAAGAUCGACAAGGAGGCCUGCCGCGCGGCGUACAACCUGGUGCGCGACGACGGCUCGGCGGUCAUCUGGGUGACUUUCACAUACGACGGCUCCACCAUCGUGCCCGGGGAGCAGGGAGCGGAGUACCAGGGCUUCGUCCAGCAGUGCACAGAUGACGUCCGGAUGUUUGCCUUCGUGCGCUUCACCACGGGGGACGCCAUGAGCAAGAGGUCCAAGUUCGCCCUCAUCACCUGGAUCGGCGAGAACGUCAGCGGGCUGCAGCGAGCCAAGACGGGCACGGACAAGACCCUGGUGAAGGAGGUUGUACAGAAUUUCGCUAAAGAGUUUGUCAUCAGUGACCGGAAGGAGCUGGAGGAAGACUUCAUCAAGAACGAGCUGAAGAAGGCAGGGGGAGCCAACUACGACGCCCAGGCAGAGUAACCCCGGCCCCCCCUGCCCCUUGCCGCAGUCACCACCUGCCCCCAGAGGAGGGCCGCCAGCUCAGCCUCCAGCCCAGCAGCCCACCAGGGAGAGAGGCCUCCAGAGGCACUGCCCGCCGCCCGCGUCUGCACCCAGUCCCCUUCCCCGCAUCCCUCUCCAACCUGCUAUGUCCUAUCUCACGAAGCUCAUGGAACAUCUUUGUUUUCUUUUCUUUUUUUCUCCCCUCUUUUUUUGUUCCCAAAGAAAAAAUGUAUUUUGAUGCAGGGUCACACACAUCAUCAGGUCUGAGGUGCCUCCUGCAGACACCCUUUCCCCAGUCUUUCUCUGACACGUGACCACGGCCUGCCUGCUCUCAUCACCACGACCUCACGCUGCCCCUGGAGCCCGGGUCGGGGCUGCCACUUUGGUUUUGGGGUGUGCCCUCCUGUUUUCCACUAAGGAGAUGGCUGCGCCACGAGCUGUGCCCGUCCAUUUCCACUCUCCUAAGAACAAACUACUUACACUUUAUCCCAUUAGUCGGCUCAGGCCUCCUAGGAUUUGCUCCUGGGUCCUCACCUCACCCCAGUCAGAGUUGCCUAGGCCACGUGUCCAACACAGACGGUAUUGCUUGGCAGUGAGAAAUUUGGGUCUGGCUUGGAUGGAAUAAGAAGAGAUAAAAUUUGCCUUUAAACUUGCCAGGCAAUGGCAUUACCUCAUGGUGUGGAGUGGCCCAUUCCCACCCUUUGGAUGGAAAUAUUAUGGUAUGGAGAGAGGGACAAAGGUCUGAGGCUCAAGAUUGGCUGGGAGAAGUAUUUUAGGGUUCACUGCAGGGGCUCCCAAAGCGACGAGGAUGUUAGGGACAGAGGCCCAGGGUGGAGAACGGAAUUUAGCAGAACUGAGAACUGGUUACUUACUCUCAGCAAGGCCAUCUGUGUGGGAGGUGGGCGCAGGCCGAGAGCCUGGUGCGUGGCUGAGCUGUGCUUGGAGUGGAAACUCGUGGCUCACUCAAGGGGACCUGAAAGCCUGUGAUUUAACCCGAGCUCUGCACCACAAAUGCAAAGGGAUUUUUUCUUAAUAUAUAUAAAGAAAGAUGAGAUUGGCUUGGCUUUUCAUGAGCAUCUUUUAUAUAGUUAUUUUUCUCUUGUUCCUUGCUCAUUUCAUUUGGGGAGAGGAAAUCUGUACUGUAUUGGGGUGGCGGAGUACAGUUUACAGAAAUAAAUGUGUUUUUUUGGUUUGUUUUUCAAAAAA